CCGCACCUUUCUAUGCGCACCAGAUGUGGAAGAGCACUUCGUUACAUUCAAGUACUGCUCUGAACUCUUUCCAGUCAUGGGCAGUUACAUUCAGCAGCGUGCUCCAAAGAAGUUGUUUGUAGAGACGUUCUUAUAUCUGAGCGAAAGAGCGAAGGAGGCAACGGCGAUGCUGGAGUGUUUUCAAAUCGUUCUCGAUUGCCUGCUCAACUACGAACCGUCCCGACAUGAAGAACACUUCAACGGUAGCGAAGCCCGCUUGGAGUUCUUCGGCAAUACGCUCCAGUGUAUGAUUACCGGUAGGGAUCUUGAUGUGCUUCCAAUCGCCUUCCGUUUCCAUAAAAACAGCUUCGAAGUUCCCGAAGCCACCCUUCAGCAGCUCGAAGCGGUGCAAGAUGUUCCACAAGCCCGUAACGAGGAACAGGAGAAGAGCUCUGAGAGAAAGCCAUCGCAGAAGGCGCGUGGUAUGCUGAACAUAUAUCAUCUUGCGUUCCAUCCAGAGUCAAUGAAAGGUCUACUGGACGAUGAACCGUCCCGUAACUUUGAGGCAAUACAUCUCGCGUUUCCAGAAGACGAAAAUGCCAUGGGUAUAGACGUGGAAGAUGAGCAGGACAACAAGCUCGUUUGGAGAGACGGGAAGUCGCACACUACCUUGGCCGUCGUUGAAGCUAAAGAUCAGGAUGCUGUGAAUGACACAGUCGAGAGAUCAACAAAGUCUACAGCUGAGCUUCAGACUGAAAUGACGAAAACCUCACACCAACCAACAGGAGGCUUUGGUUUCGAUUACUCGGAUGAUGAAGACGACACCCUUGUUCACACUGAAGUGGACGAAACUAAGGCCAUCGCGGACAAGAGCCACAUCAUAUCCUCGGACCUGUCACCCUACCUAUGCAUACCCUCUUCCCCACCUAUAUCGGCCGCAGAGGAUCGACUCCAGUGUAAUCCACCUAUCUCAUCUUCCCCGUCCUCUCCAUCCCUUCCAACACUCCCGCACAAUCACAGAGAAGCGAAGACGAGUAAACCCAACAGCGGCUCCUCCUCACCAUCAUCUCGUAAGCGUAAGGCGUUAUCAAGCGAUACACACGAAGACACAAAAAGUGUUAGCAGUGACGAGGAAGAAGAUGAGGAGAAAAACCACUCCGACCCUCCCGUAAAGCAAAAUUGCAGAAACAGUCUCUCAUCCAACAUUUCUUCUUCUCGAUCUACAACGUCUGUAGAAGCGAAGGUGCGCAUCUCUCCAUCAGCGCCACCAUCGCCGUUGGGUGACCUACGUCAUCUAUCAUCUUCGCCUGCAUCUACAGAUAGUUCGUCUUUGUCUUCUGCGCCGCCUUCAGCGGACUCUGUGUUACUAUCGCAACGACCUCCUGCGCCCCUUCCGCCACAGCCAACGCCACCACAGCGGCGCAUGCAGACGCGUGCCAUGACGCGCGAUGCAAGUAAUGCUGCGAAACCGCUGGCUCCGGUACCUACGAAGGAACGACAGUGACUGGGUAGCUAGGUAGAGGUCAGUGUCAUUGUGGGAGAACGAGGGGCCUAAAUAGAAAAGUGGGACUGGAGAGAAAAGGCUGAUUCCGGGUAGAGAUCUGAUACAUGAGUGUUGUCGCAGCGAAAGUUUGUACAUCGUGUUCCGUCGAUCCUUGACCUAUACUGCGUUACAGAUAGUUUGUAUGAUGUUUCCAUCUAU